AUCACAUACCUGUCUAGCAGCAGUGAUUUCAGUGUAAAGCAAACGGUCCCACCAAAGAUGAUGGCUUUUUUAAAAAUCUACGGUGAUGAUUGCAUCUGUGACGAGAAAAAUCGAACGCACCUGUGAUGAUGAAUCAUUCACAUAGUUUUCAUCGUCCAAUGAAUGUCGUCUUCUCAGAGCCCAUGCCCUUUGCGAGCUUCCUCCGUUUUCUCUCUCUACAAACUUCCUUGCACUUUCUCUCUCUAAAAAAUUCUCUCCCUUUACUCGUUCUGCCAAAACUUGUGUCUGCUGAUAAGAGGCUUCUCAGUCUCUCACUAUCAAUAGCUUCAUCAGCAAUGGAUUGUCAAUCACCUUGUCGUCUGGUAUUAUGUGGAAAAUCAUCUACUGAGAAUGAAUUAGCUAAAUCUUUGAAGAACAACGCUACUCUGAAACUCCCUGACUCUGCCGAAAUUUCGAUUAUUUUGCAUUCGGAGACUGAAAAACCCUUUGAAAAAGAAUGUUUUCGGAUUGAUUCAUUUAUGAAUGCUCUUUCAACUAGUCGCUUUGGUCGAUUCCUUAUUUGGUCGUCGCGAUUGCCUUCAACCCAUGACAUCGUUUCUCACAACUUUUCAGAGCUUCCAAUUGGUGCAGUGUGUGUUGCAGAUGUUCAAUAUAAAGGGCGAGGCCGGUCGAAGAAUGUGUGGGAAUCUCCGAUAGGGUGCCUUCUGUUUUCGUUUACAAUACAAAUGGAGGAUGGCCGAGUAGUGCCUCUGGUGCAGUAUGUAGUGUCUCUUGCUAUGACAGAAGCUAUAAAGGAUGUUUGUGACAAAAACGGCGUACCACAUCUUGAUGUUAGAAUAAAGUGGCCAAAUGAUCUGUACUUAAAUGGCCUUAAAGUGGGAGGCAUACUGUGCACAUCAAUCUAUAGAUCAAAGAAAUUUAAUGUCAGUGCUGGAAUAGGCUUGAAUGUUGAUAAUGAGAAACCUAGUUCAUGCUUGAACUCAGAGCUGCAGAAAUUGACUUCUGUUGCUUACCAACUACGGAAAGAAGAUAUUCUUGCAGCUUUCUUUAAUAAAUUUGAGAAUAUUUUUGGUCUUUUCCUUAAUGAAGGGUUCCAACCACUUGAGGAGUUGUACUACAAGACAUGGUUACAUAGUGGGCAGAGAGUUAUUGUACAGGAAAUGAUCGAGGAUCAAUUGGUAGAAAAUGUAGUUACUGUUCAGGGUUUAACAUCUUCAGGAUAUUUAUUAGCUAUUGGUGAUGAUGGCCAAAUGUGCGAGCUUCACCCAGAUGGCAAUAGUUUUGACUUCUUCAAAGGACUAGUCAGAAGAAAACUGGCCUGAAGAAGACUCCUCGGCAUCGUCCGUUGCAUUCAACCACGUUUCACCUGUUCGUAGCAAGAGAAUGUGUAUCUUUUAUUAAAUCUUUUUUGGAUAAUUAUAGUUGCCAUAAAUGAAUUUUGGUAAGAAUAAAACCCAAGUUUCUUUGACUCGAAUGCCUGAUUAAAAUUGAUGCAUUUAUUGGUAAAGAGAACUUAUUCCAUCCAGCUUAAAUAA